ACCUUACGUUAUCUAGCUUCAGGAGAUAGCAUGAUGUCUAUGCAUUAUAUGUUUCGUGUUGGGAAAAAUACUGUAUCACAAAUAAUAGCAGAGACUUGUCAGGUGAUAUGGGAUACCCUUAAACCAAUUGUAUUUGUUGAACCUUGUGCCGAAAACUGGAAGAAGAUUGCUAGAGAAUUUGAGGUGAAAUGGAAUUUUAAAAAUUGUAUAGGGGCAAUUGAUGGGAAACACGUAGUUAUGCAGGCUUUACCAAAUUCCGGGUCCACGUACUACAAUUACAAAGGCAGUCAUUCGUACAAUUUAUUAGCAAUAGCAGAUGCUAAUUACCAGUUUGUCAUGGUGGAUAUUGGUGGUGAAGGAAGACAAAGUGAUAGUGGUAUUUUUAAAUGUAGUGCAAUGGGACAAGGUUUUGACCAAAAAAUAUUCAAUUUACCAGAUCCAGAUGAAGUACCGUACGUUUUAGUGGCCGAUGAAGCCUUUCCUUUAACGGAGUACAUGAUGCGACCUUAUCCACGUAGAGGCCAAUUAGAUAUGCGUAAAAAAGUGUUUAACUAUAGGUUAAGUCGCGCUCGUAGGGUUGUGGAAAGUUCUUUUGGAUUACUGGCAGGUAGAUGGAGAAUAUUUCGCAAACCAAUUAUAGCAAGUUCUACAACAAUAAAAAAGAUUAUACAGUCGACUGUCUGUUUGCAUAAUUUCAUUUUAAUGAAAAAUGAGGCAGAUUAUAAUAUUCGUGUGACAGAAAAUACGGGAGACAUUGUAAUGGGUAAUUUAUGCGAGAUUAACAGCACUGGCAGUAAUACUUAUAGUCGAAAUGCUUCAACAAUCAGAGAAAAAUUUGCAGAUUAUUUUUCUGGUUUGGGAGCAGUGGAGUGGCAAUGGGAAAAAGCAUUGCAAAAUGAUUUUUAAAUAA